AUGGCUGCUGUGACGGCGGAAGACAUUCGAACGGUGGCGGAACGCGUACGGGCAGCAGACCAAGUCGUUGCUCCGUAUGAGCGGAGGGAGCCAUAUGAUUUCGAAGUCUUUGAGCCCCUCAUGAAGAUGCUCCCCGAGGAACGAGUCCCAUUCCAUCCGCCUCCACGACGCUCAGACCAAACGGAUAGGCAGUAUCAUGUGGUUUGGAGGAAUCAUUUGAACGCCUGGAAUCUUCAAAGCAUCAAUGACUACUUUAAAGUAAAAGGAGGAAGGCUACUAUCUCCAAGCAGCGAUAUCGAUGAUGAUGAUGAUGUCCGUGCCCACCAAGCCUUACGUGACCAAGAGAAGGUUUUACGAGGCAUGAACAUAGUGGAUUGGGAAUAUUUCAGAAAACCUGUUGUGCCCGAGACAUAUGGAAUCCCUCCUGAGUUUUGGGAAAGACUGCUGCGGAGAACCCACGGGGAGGACUUAAAGGAUAUAAUAUCAGAAGUUAUCGGUGCAUCUGGAAGCGAAAACGGUGAUAUGGCUCCAUCAUCUUCUACUCCUCAAACAGCUGGACUAUAUUCGAGAACUAUUUCGAGUAGCAUUGAUUAUGGUGCAGGGUCAGCAGCAGAGCAGCAAGAAGUGGAUGGUUCGGUCCUAUAUCCCUCGAUCGAGCAAUCUCUCGAAAAACCACAAAGCGGAAACGAGAUGAAAACAUCAAGACUCUCUUCAUUACAGAAUGCCGAACCGGCCCAGACACGGAAACGGAGAAGCCUACCAGUUGAGGAUGACGCCCUCGAAAGACCCUCUAAGAAACAGAUGACGGACAAACAAUCACCACUUUCAACUGCCUUGAAUACAGCGGGCAGCAAGAGGAAGCGGGACGGGGGAGAAGUUUUAGAUGAGCUGUCGUCUACCGACAAACCAGCACGACCUAGCGAUAAAAGGAGGAGACUCGACACAGGACGGGAAACGCAGUCAUCACAAAAGAGAAAGAGAAGUUCUCAAGGGGAUGACGAGGAAUUAGACGUUGCUCAGCUAGGAUAUGAAGUGCCAGAAACGAAGCGGAGGAGAGUGAACAAGACAGAGGUUGUCGACGCUAAGCAGAGUGCUCAAGAUGUUUCUUCCGCCGCCGGUUCCGAGCGCACCCUGGCUACAGUACCGUCUCUCCGUAUGACGCGUGCGAGGCGGCAGCAGCUCUCAUGUGAGGACGCGCAGCUACUCCAACUCGAUCAACGCGGCAAGCCAGACGUACAGGAGCCAAAGCAAGCAGCGCAGGAACUUGUUCGGGAGCUUCCCGCAGCAAGCCGGAAUGGCCGCCGACCGAAGAAAGCGGCCAGCACAGAUGCUAAGAAUUCUCGCAAAACUAAGACUGCCAAUGCCACCAAGGCUGGUAUGAAGGCUUCUACGACAGCUAACACCACGAGCAAGACCACUACCAAGACCAUCACCAAAACGAGAUCCCGCAACACCUCCAGCAAAACCAGGGGCAAAGAUUGGCUAUCAUCCACAUAG